AUGUCAGCCGCCGGCAGAAGCCCAUCCCGUCAACAACAACAGCGCCGCUUAAGUCGGGAUCCACAAUACGGUGCAGGCUCUGACGCAGAGAGUAUUGGGCAACGCAGCUUUCCUGAUGAUGAUGAUCAUAAUGCACUUAGAGGCCGAGGCGGUUACGAUGACGGAGGAUCUGUGAUUUCUGACGCAUCUUUCCAAAGCAAUGGUGGUCGCAGCCGACGCAGCAGAAGGAACAACCGACAAUCAUCUCGCAAUCAGCCGCAACCACAGCCCCAGAGAUCACGCCAACAGCGUCGACGACAAAGACCAUUAACACCCUCAGACGAUGAUGACGAUUUUCUUGGACCAGUUACUGACAAUCCCCUGGAUACUGUUGGAAACACUGUCAAUAACACUGCCAAUCAACUCACGGACACGGCGACAGAUGUGGCGGCAAAUGCUCAACAACAGAAACCAAAGAAAGAGGAGGAUAACACAUUGAAGCUUCGCUUGGACCUGAAUUUGGAUGUUGAGAUCCAACUCAAUGCUAGAGUACACGGCGAUGUUACUCUUGCUAUGUUGGGAUAG